AACUUCUAACAGACGUCCGUAUUGAGCUUUCUAGAAAAGGGAGCAAUUGGGAUUGUCAUCCACAAACCCUAAUUCCGGCACCAAUCUCUGAUCUUUCAUCGCGUUUCUUGUUAGAUUCCGAGUUGUGAGUGAUCAAUCUCCUCCAUUUUUGAGACUUUAAGCUGAAUCGAUUCGUUAAUUUCACUGAUUUUUUUGGGGGAGUAAAGAGGCGGAAGGUCGGUAGUACUUGAUGGACGGGAGUUCCGGCGUCGGCGGCGGAGGCGGAGUAGGCGGGGGGAAUGACGUCGAGAUCCUCUGCAAGACGCUGCAGGUGGAGCACAAGCUGUUCUACUUCGAUCUCAAGGAGAAUCCGCGCGGUCGCUACCUGAAGAUCUCCGAGAAAACCUCAUCCACUCGGUCGACUAUCAUCGUUCCCUCCAACGGCAUCUCCUGGUUCCUUGAUCUGUUCAAUUACUACGCCAAUUCAGACGACCAGGAACUCAUAAGCAAAGAACUCCAGCUUGAUUCCAAGGUCUUUUAUUUUGAUAUUGGUGAGAAUAGAAGGGGCCGCUUUCUGAAGAUUUCUGAAGCUUCAGCCAACAGAAACUGCAGUACCAUUAUAGUUCCAGCUGGUAUUGCCCGGGAUGAGGGUUGGUCUGCUUUUAGGAAUAUCCUGGCUGAAGUAAACGAAGCCUCAAGGCUUACCACUCUGUCCAAUGAGAAAAAUUCUGAAAUCCAAGAUCAGCUAGGACUUGCAGAUGAUCUGGGUGCUUGUUUUAUAUCCCGUGAUUCCCGUCAAAGCAGCACGCAACCUACACCUUCUGACUCGAAAGGAAACAAUCCAAUUGAUUUGCCAGCACCUGAGGAUGCUAGCAGCUCAGGGGUUUCCAAAGUAAUCAGGGUCGAUCAGAAAAGGUUCUUCUUUGAUCUUGGCAACAACAAUAGGGGCCACUUCUUAAGAAUAUCUGAGGUGACAGGUCCUGACCGCGCUUCCAUCAUUCUCCCAUUGUCUGGCCUGAAACUGUUCCAUGAAACAGUGAGUCACUUCUUGGAAAUCAGCAAGGAUAGGAUCGAAGGAACGAAUGGCCCAAAUGCUGGGACUUCAGACUCCCCUCAGAUAUGAAUGCCCGAGGAACUCCCAGGUGAAAUCAUAUCCUAUUUGAUGCCAUUAUUUCCAACUCUUGUUUUCUGCAGUUCAUGAGGUGUGUGUGGUUGUUUUGGUCUUUAUUCUCUCUAGCAUUGCUCCUUGGAAUUUAAAGACACCCUUGUACCAUCUGUUUUCCCAACAAAUAUACGAAGUCAAUUGCCAAAAGUGUGAAUGGAGUUGCAAUAAGAAAUAAUAAAUUAUUAGCUCAUGUAAUUCAUGUGUCGAAAUUACCCUUUAUACGGAGUGUCUUCUUGUCAAUCCAAUAUUAUUAGGUUCUGUUCUUUUAAUUUAAUACUGGGCGUCACGAAGUAUUUAUCUUUAGACUUCAUGUAGGU